AUCUUAGAACCAGGCAGAAGAGUACAGAAUCUUCUGACUGGAUUAAGAGUUUAUAUCCCUUCGAUUAAAAAUCAUAAGUUGCAACAUGUUUAAAUAAGUGAUUUUUCUUAUGUAUCACCCAGUACUUUAUUAAAUUUUUAUUGAUUUACAUCCAUAUUCAGUGAGGCUCAACGACAACCCUAACAGAAAAGAUCAACAGGAAAAUAUCAUCAAUGAUGUCUCUGAGAGAAUCCUGGUUUGUUUGGAUCUUAGCUUUUCUUAGCAGUUCAUGUUUAUGCAGUGGAACCUGUCUUGAUGGCAAACCACCAUUCAGUCAAUUGAUGCCAUAUUCAGGGAGGCCAUUUUGCCCAAAUGAUAACUAUGGAUGCUGCUCUGUGGAUAAGAUAUUUGAGCUAGAACAGUAGUGCCUGUUAAUGGGCUGGGGAACAAUACAGAAUGUCCUAAAUGGGCACAAAAGUUGGCAUGCAUGGAGUGUUCCCCACAUGCUUAUGAACUGUUGCUGUUGAAAUCACCAGACACAUGGGGAAAAAUGGUUGCCAACCCACAGUCAGCACUUUGUAGGGAUCAAUGUAUUCAGAUGAUUAAUGAAUGUCCUUUUAUGAAAACUCAACAAACAUUCAUGCAAGAAGAUGAUGCAACAAUAGCGAGAAUGACAGCUGAGGAAUAUUGUGACAAUGUUCAAGAUCGAAGACAUACCACAACAACAGCCAAGUAUAAUAAGAUGUGUUAUCCUGGAUACACAAACCACCCCUGGUCAGAUGUCUCUCCAAGCAACGCAGACAAUGACAGCCCAGGAUGUUUCUGCGUGGAAAACAUCCAAACAUCUGGUAUUUACCAGGCUAUUGCUUUAAUCCAUGCAAAUGACAACUCCGGAAGAAUGUUUGUUGGCCAACAAAAUGGAGUGGUCAGUAUCCUGAAAACUGAUGAAAAUGGGCGUAUAGCUCCUGUACUUAAACCAUUUUUGAACAUUGAAGAUAAUGUUUAUAUGAGAGGCGAACAGGGAUUUUUAGGGAUGGCGUUUCAUCCAGAUCAUGUGAACAAUAGAAGAUUUUUUGUGUACUACAGUCGCCGUCGUCCACGGAUGUUUGGUAAUGUAGCUGCUAAUACUAGAAUAAGUGAGUUCCUGAUAGACAGUGAAAACCCUGAUAUGAUUGAUCCUAACACUGAGAGGUUGAUCUUAGAUUUACCACAACCUUGGCCAAAUCACAAUGGAGGAAUGCUUUCAUUUGGGACUGAUGGUUACCUUUAUCUAUUUACUGGAGAUGGUGGUUCCGCUAAGGAUCCUUUGGGAAGUGGCCAAGAUAAAGGGUCACUUCUGGGGAAAGUACUUCGAAUUGAUGUGAGUAACACAUCAGUACCAUAUACUAUACCACCUGGCAACCCAUUCAUCAGUGAGACUGGGACCAGACCUGAAAUAUAUGCAUAUGGGAUGCGCAAUCCAUGGAGGGCAGAUUUUGAUGAUGGCAACCUAAAGACAGGUAGAAACAGGGGUCGUAUAUUUGUGGCUGAUGUUGGUCAGUGGAAAUGGGAAGAAGUUGACCUUCUGAAAAAAGGUGGUAAUUUUGGAUGGAACAGUAGAGAGGGCUAUGAAUGUUUCACCAGUCAAUGUGGCAAAAUAGGACCAGAAAUUCUCCCAAUAUUUGCUUAUGACCAUAAAGAAGGGGUUUCCAUUGAUGGAAUCCAACUCUAUAGGGGCGCUAGAAAUCCAAAUUAUGAGGGAUCCCUGAUAGUUGGCGAUCUUGAGUUUCCUAGAUUUGGGAGGACACUUUGGAAGUUGACUGAUAUAGGGGCAGCCAAUUGGACCAGUAAAAAAAUUGGAGUUUGUAGUGACAGUGUGUGUGAUACAAGUCUGGGAUAUGCUAGUAAUGCGCAAACUCUUGAUGGGAGACUGCUUUCCUUUGGAAAAGACCAAAACAGUGAACUCUACAUCCUCCAUGGCAUGGCAUCAGGCUCAGUCAUACAAAGAUUUGCAGAUCCCUUCAGGAGAACAGAUCCAAUAGGAACCAAAAUAGUUUGCAGACUGGAUGUGGUAGUAGCAGUAGAAAUGUCAUGCAAUGAUGAUACCUAUAUGGCAAAAGUGAAGGCUAGUCUAAUCUCGAUAGUCAUGAACAUGAAGUUUGGUUACAAGCUGACUGUUAUAAUUUUUGCUAAAAAUAUCAAAGUUGAAAUUGAAACACUGAUUGAUGAAUCCAUAACCUUGAAAGACAUCUUUGAGCUAAUGGACAAUAAAAUUAAAAUUUGCAUUAAACGGCAAAAAAGAAAACCAGCCAACCUGAAAAGACUGUUAUCAAAGGCAAAUAGUUAUAUAGGACAAUGGCCCCCAGAGCGCACCAUAUUCAUUGUUAUUGUGAAGAGUGAGAACAAUAUACCAAAACAAAACAGAAAGAUCAGAUUAUUACAGACGCAGGCCAUGCUAACAUUUGUUACACCAAGCACCAACGCAACUGUAUUGUCGAAGCUGGAAACUCUGUCUGGUAAUCCUGUAAUUUCAUUGGAUGCUGCAGGUUUUAAGACAUCACCAGUCUUGCAGCCUGGUGUUGGCUUCAUAGUCAUCAGGAGUAUUGAUAUGAAGCAAUGCACAGCUGGUGGAAACCAGGGAUCCAAUACUGCCUAGCCAGCCCAAUAAUCAGUGAUACAAGGAAACACAACAUAAAAUCAUAUUUUAAAUUCCAUAAUAUAAUGUGAUUAAACAAAAGUUUCAUCAGGAUGGUAAUUUCCAUCAAGAACUCAAAACUAUUUGUCUUCUUUAUUUCCUCGACUUGGGAGUAACAAUGUUUCAAAAACCAUCAAUAUUUCAUUUUACGAUAUAUCUGAUAUAUUUAAAUAA